UAGGUCUGAAUAUAUCUCUUUAGCUGUUUUUCUCUUAGGAGUCCCUGGAUUGGCUGUACGGAAUAGUAUGAACAUUAAUUCUUUAGCUUGUUCUGCAGCAAAAGCCCUGAAUUUUACUUCACAAGCUCUUCACCUUCUGAAUAAAGAACAGAGUGAACUUCAUAAUGGACUUUUACAAAAUCGUCCUGCUAUCACUAUUUGCUCAUGCUUCAUCAUUAUGGCUGUGAACAAGUGA